GCUGUGCUUCGCCUGCUUUGGCAUGAUGGCAGUGGCCAUCACGCCUAAUGAGCUGCUCGCGGUGGUGCUCAGUGGGUUCUUUGUCAUGUUGUGGAAUCUCAUGUGCGGCUUCCUCAUCCCCAAACCGGAAAUCCCCGUGUGGUGGAGCUGGUUUUACUACAUCAACCCCAUAGCAUGGUCGCUCUACGGCCUCAUCACCUCUCAGCUGGGGACAUUCAGGACAUCUUGACGGUGCCGGGAGCGCCGAUCCAGCUCACAGUGCAGCAGUACCUGGACGUGUACCUGGGUUACCAGGAGGCCUGGGUUGGUUACGCCAGUCUUAUCCUCCUCGGCUUCACGGCUCUCUUCUUUGUCGUCUUUGCAGUGGCGCUUAAAGUCAUCAACUUCCAAAAACGCUAGAAAUUCUUUCUAGGAGCUGCAUGCCGAAAGUGUGUGAGAGGGGGAGGGGGGGGGCUUGUAGACAACCAGGCAAGGCAUUGAACCCGUUUGUAGCAAACCGUGAGUUGAUUGCAUGGGAUGUUAUGCUCGAACAGUGCUAGCUUAGCUUGCACAAACCAUGUGCUAGCUUACAUCGAUGCAUUUAGGGGCUUGUAGAGGGCUAGACAACACAAGACAGCCCCGUUUAACAAGCAGGAUCGCAAGUUAGUCCAUGAAGUCGACAAGGUUGAUAUGUGUUGGAAAUAUCUCAAAAGAC